GGUAAACGCGUUUUGGUAGUGUGUGUUGCCCUAAUCGCAUGCGAUCAAAAACUGCUUCUCUCUUAUCUUCUCAAAACACAUUCUUCAUAAAUUCAUACAUCAAUCAACACUGUCUUCCCCUCAUCGUCGAAUCUUCAAUCGAUAUAUUGAAUCAUGAGUAGCAUUUCGACGCCAAAACGGAAAGAGUCAUUUUUAUCAAGUGGAGGUGAUGUUGGCAAAAGCCCAAAGCGUAGCCGGUCGGUAUUACCGGUGGAAGAAGCUGAUCAAAGAGGUAACGCGGAAGGAGGGGAAGGUACUCUAAUGAAAGAUAGCCGGGCAGUAUUAUCGGGGGAGGAAGCUGAUCAAAGAGAUAACGCGGGAGGGGGAGAAGUUGCUCUAAAGAAAGGUCCAUGGACAAAGGAAGAGGAUGAAAUUUUGGUAGAUCAUAUUAAAAAGCAUGGAGAGGGAAACUGGAAUGCGGUCCAAAAGGAAUCCGGACUUGCUCGCUGUGGGAAAAGCUGUCGUCUCCGGUGGUUUAAUCACUUGAGGCCGGGACUGAAAAGGGGUCCAUUUACUGCUGAAGAAGAAAGCAAAAUCCUCGAUUUCCACUUUCGGAAAGGAAGCAAGUGGGCUCAAAUGGCUGCCUUGUUGCCUGGACGUACAGAUAACGAGAUAAAGAACUUUUGGUACGCAAGAUCUAAGAAACGGCAACGAGCUGGCUUACCAAUCUAUCCUGAAGAGAUAACAUCAAAACCUGCAAUAAAUGGCAGUCAAGAAAGUGCUGAGGCAUUGGCAAAUGAAUCCAGCCAGCAAGUUGAAACAGAAACCUUUAACUUGGAUAUAACUGACUUGGACCUUAAAUAUUACAAAUUCAGCCCAGAUAUGUUGCCACCAUUUUUUGAUAUUCAAGAUUACAAACCAAUAAGUGACUUGGUUGGACGGUACUCAGAUCCGUCUCAUAAUACCUUAUCCAUGCCUAGUGCAGUAGUGCAGCGCAGAUAUUUGUUCAGUGGCAGUAGUGCUGUUGACCCGGAAGUAUUUGAUGAGUAUAGCCAAUAUGCUAUGUUGUCUACUCCAUGUGAUCCGAUUCUUGACACCAACCUUGUUCAUGGAUAUGAUAAUCCUAUACCUGGUUUUCAUGACGCGUCAAAUAUCUCUUAUCCUGAGCCCAUAUAUGGGUCCAUGAGGUUUGAGCCCCCUUCAUUCCAAAAUUUACCGCAACAGUGUAACUGGCCGCAACUUCCCUCAUUAGAGUAUGUUGACAUGUCGGUUCCGUGUCCUCCGAUUGACCCUGUUGACAAGUCGGUUCCGUCUCCUCCGAUUGACCCUUGUCCGUCCGUUCCAGAUUAUCCGGAUUGCAAUCAUUUUAUUGAUUCAAUAGUAAACUUCAAUUCAGAUCAAAAUUUGAAAGACUCAAAUAUUGAUUCAUUGCAAACAAACACGGAUAACAAGGCUCCCAAUGAAGCAGACACUAGUACAAAAUGGAAUAGACUAGAUUAUGAUCAGCACACUGCUAUAGUUACUCUAGAUUAUGAUCAGCACACUGAUAUAGUUAGUCGCCAAAUAAACUUCUUAAAACGGGUCCGCUCAAAAAUUAAAAACCGUGGAUCAUUCAAACGGCUUCCAGCUUAUUAUACUUCCAACAACGAAUAUAAUUUGUAUUGAGUAUAAAUGAUAAAAAAUGUUCUGUUCUGAUUAACAUUCUUCAUCUUAUGAUUAGAGUUUUUCUUUUUUCAUUUGUUGAAGUCUGAGAUUUCAAUUGGUUCAAUGUUAUGAAAAUGAUGGGUCCAUUAUGUCUUAUGAAAAUGAUGGGUCCAUUAUGUUUUAUUGAAUCUUUUAG